UCUCACUCCACCUGUGGACAGGCGAGACAACUGCUCAGCUCAGAGUCACUGCUGCCAACACAGAGGAAGACAUGGUGUCAAUCAAAGCGACAGCAAUGGUGGUCACACUCACUAUUUGUCUGCUGGCGGCAGACACAUCGGCAGUGUAUAAUGAAUGCUGUCGAAGGUACAUGAAAACCAAAAUACCAUUUGCUUUAAUCAAGGGGUACUCAGUCCAGACACUCACAGAGCUGUGUCCUAUCAAUGCCAUUAUUUUCCACACAUGGAAGGGAAAAGCGUGCACCAAUCCUGCUUUGAAAUGGGUGAUGGACUAUGUGGAGCGUCUUAGGAAUAAAGCACAAAUAGUUCACAACAGGACCUCAAAACUGCAGAAUUAGACUUCAAAGAUGACAAAGUUUUUCUGCUUUUCAAAGGCGAGACUGAAACUGUUUUCCAUCGCAGCUUUGCCUGUUAUCCAGUAACCAGUGGUGUUAUGUUAAUGGUUUUAUAAUUCAGUGGACUCUUGCUUAAGCUGAUAAUAAAAACAAUGGAAUACAGCCAUCAGCUCAGUUAUAAGAGCAUUUUAUAUUAUGUUAUAUUUUUCUAUCAUUUGUGUAUGACAUAUUUUGUAUUUGUGCAUGUUGUAAAAUACAAUCAUUAAAGGUUUGUUA